UAAGCUGUCAGUGCAAGACAGGAAACCAAAGCAGAAUUUUUUGAACUGUAGCAAGAGCACAGACACAGUGCAGUAUUGUCCGCAAUACCUCUUUAAACAACAAAAGGUGCCGUCAAAAUGUCGAAGAAUACUGAUUCGAACCAGUUCAGGAAGGUAGAUGUUGACGAGUACGACGAGAACAAAUUCGUUGACGAUGAGGAUAAUGGAGAGAGUCAGGUCGGUCCAGAUGAAGCAGAAGUGGAUUCGCUGAUCAGACAAGGGAACCUGAUGGAAGCUCUACAGGCAGUGCUGAAGAAUCCCCCCAUCAAUACCAAAAACCAAAAUGUUAAGGAUCGUGCUGAGGCUCUGGUGCUCAAAGUGCUGACCGCCUUCAAAAGUGGCGACAUUGAGAAAGCUGUCCAGUCACUGGACAAGAAUGGAGUUGACCUGCUCAUGAAGUACAUCUACAAGGGCUUCGAGACGCCCUCUGAAAACAGCAGUGCUACACUGCUGCAGUGGCAUGAAAAGGCCCUCUCUGCUGGAGGAGUCGGCUCCAUCGUGAGAGUUCUGACUGCCAGGAAGACUGUGUAAAGCCGUCCUGGGCGCGACUGACUGCCACUGGGACCAAACACUCAGGGGAUGUGCUGGCCAUAAAAUCCCCAAGGCCUGUACUCAUUUAGCGUCUCGGAGAACGCGUGCUGAACUAGGAUCGGUUUUGCCUUUUUUAGAUAGGAUUUAAUAAAAUCGUAGGACCGGGAAAAUCUGAUUUUAGUUUGGCACUUAUAUCCAGAGACACUUUAUGAGUACUUUACUCGAAAACAGGUUUUCUCUCAACACCCACAAGGGUGCAAGAUUAUAUCAGUGUUACUGUCGCAAAUGGCCCCUUGAGAAGUUAAAAUGCUAAAAGAUAUUUGAUCAGAAUCCAAUGUCAGAUUAUUUUGUGUCUUUUGGUCAAAGAAAAUGAGGAAUACUCUUACUGUCAAAUUUACAUAGUCAUGAUGCCUUUAAAAAAUCUGCCAUUUUCCGAGGUGGAUUUGGUUCUGUCGUCACGUGUGUAGAUGUCACCAUGCAG